AUGUCCGGGCACGACGGCUACUACACCGACGGCUUGCCCAUUGGGGUCGGGAUGGGCAUGAAUCCCGUGGGAAUGGCAAUGGGUUACGAAAGGGUGUUCCCUUGCGUGCGCCUGCGUGGGUUGCCCUUCCAUGUCACGGAGGACGAAAUCCGGCUGUUCCUGGGGGGCGAUCCUGUCGAUAUCUUGAUGGUAAAGCGGGAUGGGCGGUUUUCGGGGGAGGCAUAUGUCGUUUUAGGGACCCCCGUGGCUGUAGAAAUGGCCCUGACCAAAAACAAAAGUUACAUGGGGAGGCGGUACAUCGAGAUUUUCCGGGCCAAGAAGUUGGAUUACUACCGGGCAGUUGUGGCCGAAAUGACUGAUGGCCCGGUUUCCUAUCAAGUGACUGAGUCGCGGCCCCGGCGGCCACCUGGCCCAUUUGGAAUGGAGGGCCCAGGCGACCACAAUGGGCUUGCCACAUCGUGUGUGCUGAGGCUUAGGGGGUUACCUUUCAGCGUCAAUGCGCAGGACAUUGUCAGCUGGUUCAACGAUGGGGCAAUGUCUCCAAUAACCGCAGACAAUGUGUUCGUCGUCACUGACUACGGGCGUCCCAGUGGCACAGCAUUCGUUGAGUUCCCAACUCCUGAGGAUGCACAGGGCGCUAUGGUGAAGGAUCGUCAGAUGAUGGGCACACGUUACAUCGAAAUUUUCGCAUCCACUCCUGAAGAGAGAGCACGGUACUCAGGCUAUUGA